AUGCUAAACCGCGCCCAGGCGUGGUUGAAAGAGGUGGGUCAGGACACGGUUCGGUUGGACUCAGGCACGUUUGAGAACUUCAGCUUCAAGCUACACUGCUGCAGACGCUGGUUGUUCUUUAUUAGGGGACCAGCAGUCAUCAAAGUGGAAGGAGGGUCUGAUGUCGUGUUACCCUGCUCUCUCAGCACCAAGGAGAACAUUGAGUUUAAACUCUUCUUUGACUGGAGGAAAGUUGCUCAGAAAGAUGAUGGUCUGAAGGAGGUGUUCAUGUAUGACGCAGGCAUUCAUUACAACAACGGUCUAGAUGGUCAGAGUGAAGAGUUCAAAGGUCGAGUCUCUCAUUUUCAAGAUGAACUGAAACACGGCAACACCUCCAUAAUCAUCAGGAAUACACAGAUAUCUGACAGUGGAGUCUACACCUGUGAUUUUCCUCGUCUUCAGCCACCUCAAACAUUCCCCAUUGAGCUUGUUGUUGGUGCAGCUUCAAAACCAUCUGUGACAUUACAGGAACUAACAACAUUCUGGGCGCUGCUGCAGUGUGAAGUUCAUGGCAAUCCAAAACCUAAAGUAGAGCUGCAGGACAGUGCUGGAAACACACUUCCUGCUGAGAAACCACAGACCUCAGAAAGAGGAGGCAGCUAUUACAUCACCCUUCAAACUACUGUGACCAAGACCGGCACCUAUCGCUGUGUAGCCACACAGGAGAAAAUCAAACAUGAGAUUUAUGCUGAGACCUCUGUGUAUAUCAGUGGGUUCUCCACUCUACUCAUUGUUGUUUUAGUUCUCGGCAUUGUUUUUCUGCUUGUUGCUGGUGUUCUGGCUGUUCUAGCUGUGCUUGUAUACAAGGGUUACAUCAUAUUAAAUCGGAAUAAAGGUAACACCAAGGACAUUCGGUCAAAAUUAUUUUUCUGGCUGAAACUUCCUCAGAAAACUGAUGGUGUUCAGAAUGUGUUCCUGUACGAUAAAGGUGAUCUUUACAGUGACGAGCGUCCAGGUCAGAGUGAGCAGUUCAAAGGUCGAAUCUCAUAUUUUACAGAUAAACUGAAACAAGGCAACGCCUCCAUAACCAUCAGAAAUACAACGUGGGCUGACAGUGGAGUCUACAGAUGUAUUAUUUAUCGAGAUCUUCAGAAACCUCAAAAAAUCUACAUUAAUCUUGUAGUUGAGCCAAAAGACAUCACAGUGAGAGAAGGCAGUGAUGUUACUUUACCCUGUUCACUCUGGCCCAAGGAGGACCUUCGGUUAACAAAGUUUAUCUGGAAGAACGUUUCCCAGAAACCUUAUGAUGAUCUGGAGGUGUUCCUGUAUGAUAAUGGUGAGCGUCCAGAUCAGAGUGAACAGUUCCAAGGUCGAGUCUCACAUUUUCCAGAUGAACUGGAACAAGGGAACGCCUCCAUAAUCAUCAGAAAUAUGACGUGGGAUGACAGAGGAGUCUACAGAUGUAGUUUUCCAUCAAUUCAGAGACCUCAAACGUUCUACAUUAAGCUUGAUGUUGAGCCAAAACUCAUCACAGUGGAAGAAGGCAGUGAUGUUACUUUACCCUGUCACCUCUCGCCCAACGAGGACAUUCGGGCAACACAGUUUAACUGGAAGAAACCUCGUGAUGAUCAGGUGUUCCUGUAUGAUAAUGGUGAUCUUUACAGUGACGAGCGUCCAGGUCAGAGUGAGAAGUUCAAAGGUCGAGUCUCACAUUUUCCAGAUGAACUGGAACAAGGCAACGCCUCCAUAAUCAUCAGAAAUACGACGAGGGCUGACAGUGGAGUCUACAGAUGUAGUUUUCCAUUAAUUCAUAAACAUAAACAAUUCCACAUUAAGCUUGUUGUUGGUUCAACUCCAGAGCCAAAUGAACUUCAUCCAUUAAUGAUAGAAGAAAUGCAUUGUUAAUGUCUGUGUUGCUGGAAACAUUUAUUUAGUUUUCAGUUAUUUUUUAUGCUUGUGUCAUUUCAAUCAGGAGAGACUUCGUUUGCAGAUAUGCAAACAUAUUUAUUUUACAACUGUAAUUGAGCAGAGUUGAAAGGCUGUGAUUGGCCCUUGAAUUUCAUGGCCAAGUCUGAUUGGUUUAACUGAAAGUGUCACUUCUAAACAGCUGAUUUGAUUUAAGAAUGAGUAGGUAGUGAUUGGGUUAAUGACAUCUUCCUGAAAGAGUUUGCGCUGAGCUUCAUAUCACAAAUAAUAGGCUCAUUGAUUUAGUCUUGCAGUUCUAGUUGAUUGUGUAACUGUGUGUAAGACUUGUACAGUAUUCCUGUUCCAGAGGUGUGUAGAGCAGAGAGGACCAGGUCAACAUGAUGAUGCUCUUGUAAGUCUUGUAUUUUUGUAUU